AUGAAGGGUUUCUCAAGCAGCUUGAAAGUUUUUCCAGUGCCCAUUUCGUCCGACGAGAUGCGUAAAUUGUAUUUCGCGGAACGUCACGAUCACGAGAAUGACAUCAACUGCGAAAGCGUUGACAGCGACGAUGCCCUCGCUCUAACAGCUACGCAGAUAUCCUAUCUAUCCCAGUGCCUACAGUUCAAAGAAGACGACUCAAGUGCAUUGAGCGACAACGGUGUAGAUUCUGAAAUCCAGAAUAAUUUUGCGGAGCUUCAAGCAGCAGCAUUUGAAAAAGCUGUCACAGCGCGUGACUCGUGCGACUCUGAUGCCUGGGACCUCAUCAUUGCUGUGUAUCACUAUUUUCAUGCUGCCGAGGAAGCGGCAGCUGAAUUUCACCAACUUGGCAAGCAACCUCUGCAUGAGAUGACACGUCUUUAUGACUCUUUCGAACGGGACGUCACCAUUGGCGAGCAAGGAGACGUCGGGGCGAUGGCGGCUAUGGGGGAUUUGUAUUAUUGGGGAGCGCACGGUGUUCCACGCCACCAUGCUCAAGCGUAUAACUACUUCAACCGAGCCGCUCAAGCUGGUGACGUGAACUCACAAUCUGCAGUGGCCGGUAUGUUGCUGAAAGGUGAAGGAACCGCUCAAGACAAUGUGACUGCUAUCAAAUGGUACGAGAAAGCUGCUGAAAAGAAUCACACCCGAGCACUCAAUGGAUUGGGCUUUAUCCACUUCCACGGAAGUGGUGGAGUUUCGGAGAACAAGUCACUUGCCCUGGAGUACUUCGAGCGUGCUGCGGAAAACCAAGAAGACGGAGACAGUGUUUUCAACGCUGGAUAUUGCCAUGCGAUGGGACUUGGCACCGAGGUGAACGUCACUCGAGCGAUGGAGUUCUAUGACGUGGCGGCAAGAAAGUUCGGACAUUUCGACGCCAUCUUUGAAAUGGGGAAGGUAUUGAUGAAGGGGGUCAAGGGGGUAGUGCCACGAAAUUGUAAGAGGGCGCUGCAGUAUUUGAAGGCGGCAUCAGAUGGAGGGCAAUGGGGACGAACAGUGAGGAAGGGUUUCGACCUGUACACCAGCGGCGAGUUUGAGCGUGCUGCGGUGGUGUAUCACGAAGCCCGCCAGCUUGGGUACCCCGUAGCAACCAGCAAUUUGGCAUUCCUCUACGACCAACGACUGCUGCGGUCAGGUGACAUAGCAAGUGAACGCGGAGCUCUGAAGUAUUUGACAUUGGCGAACGACGAGAACGGAGACAGAGAAACUCUCGUACGUAUCGGUGAUUACCAUUAUUACGGACUUGCUGGCUUGCGGAAGGACCCACAGACGGCAAUCCGAUGGUACAGCCGUGCCAGUGCUGCAGGUGUCGAGGCAGGGGCGUACAAUGUCGGUCACAUGUACGAAUUUGGUGACGGCGUUGAGGUUAAUCUGGGCCGAGCGCGCAGGUACUAUGACCGUGUGAUGGAGCUAUCUGCCGACUCGGUUGAAAUUCAGUUAGCUAUAAGGUUUGCCUUGGCCAGGCUGGCUCUUCGACGGUGGCUGCAAGGAACUCCUUUUGAGAUGUUGCUCGGUGUGAAUAAUCCACUAGAGACGACUACGGACACAAACGUCACUGCAGCAGACUCGACAUCGAUGCUUGACGCAGCAACACGCUCUUUGGACAGCAAAAUCUAUGCGGUUAUCUCCACAACAGCGAUCAUUAUUCUCUCGGUUGGAGUGUGGUACUUUCACAGCACAGGGUAA